ACAGAACCUUCCUUUUGCUCCUCUCGGCACAUGGCACCUUCGAGAAACCUCAAAGGCGAACCAACCGAUGACCUCGAGCUCAACGGAAGAAAAGUCGUUUGGAAGCCAGUCCUCUCCACACCCUUCAUCAUCCAGUGGCCGGAAAUUUCAGAUCAAGUUGGUCAUCAAUUUCUAGAAGAGCUCGUAAAAUUCUUGGAUGGUCGUGAUGACUCAGAUAACUUGGGGUGCACUCAAUCCCACGACCCAUCCGUAACACUGUGCAAUAAUCAGUCGAAAGAUCCGAAUGGAAAAACCGAAGAGCAAUGCUCCCUCCAAGCCACACGUUGGACUCCGCGAUCGGCCCAUGUGGUCCAACUACGUUCUGGAAAAAAUGUCGAAAUUCCAGACUACGUCCCUCCAAAACGCUCAAAAUUCCAUGAUCUCGAAGGUGAUUCACCAGAUACGGCAUCCCUCAUCAAUAAACCACUCGGCCGAGUUGUGUCAGGAAUUAAUUCAACUACCAAAGAGCUGGAAAAGGAGAUACAGCAAAAACGAGAAGCCAUCCCUCACACAUACUUUGAAAAUUCAUCAAUCAUGGAACAACAUCCCUCAAGUGUUUCAACAUCCCGACUACUUGAGAAUUCGUCUUGCCCCCAAUUAUCGCAUGUAUUUGUCUGCAGAAAAGACAUAAACCCAGUCAGUCUCGUCGAUCAUCUCCUCCCAACAGUAGCCAAUCUCAACCAAUCCCGGUUACAAUCCGAAUCUUCCUCAGCAGAAGAUUUUGUUCCGCCGCCGUUAGUUUUCCUUAUCUCACUUCCGAAAGGGGCCGAAAAAGUAAUAGCAGGGGCUUUAGGGCUCAAGAGAGCAGCGGUAGUGGCAUUACAAGGAGAAGAUGCGCGGAUGUGUGCACUUUCUCAAUUAGCAAGGCAACAUGUCAAGCCAGUCUUACCGCCAAGCCAUACACGCUCUCCGAUUGGCUCAGAUGCUACUUCAUACAACACGAUUCCGAACGAAAGCGUGGUUCUAUUUCCAACACAUAUCAAACACUAUAAAACUACCAUUCCAACAGAUUUGCGGAAACAUCAUCUGGAAAGGUCACAGAGCAAAAAACAGCGCAAGUAUGCCAAGAAGGAAAAGAAUGAUCAGGACGUCGGUUCUUUGAUGAAAACAUGAUACACUGCUCAACUUAUUUCGAAUGAACUGAAUAUAUUAGCUCAUAGUGAAAUAAACUAGUCAUGCCACCUACACAUCUUAAGAGUGAUAAGAGUGAGAUAACUUUCUGACGGACUGCAAAUGGUUCUUGAGAAUGGCACUGCUGUGACCAGUUGUUUUGUUAUUCUAACCCGCACUUCCCCUCCCUCCUCACCCAAAAAUCUCAGGCACAAAAAGUUAUGUUGUCCUUUGGUAAUCGUCAAUCA